GUAAAUUAAAUAGCUAGAGAGAUAUGGAAGAAGAGAUGUCGGCCCUGGAGAAACGAAGCGAGUCCGGACUGAGCUGGAACUACCUCCCGUUGACUCUAGAGCGGGACUCUCUGUCCCAAACGUUCACCACACAAAUCCUACCCCUCGUAAGACCUGCCUGGAGAGACUGUCACGUUCAGACCAAGGUCUUCACCGACGGCAUUACCAACGUUCUCCUUGGGUUCUACGUGUCACGUGAGGGCUCACGUGACCAGGAGAAAGAGGACAUAGUCCUACUGAGAAUGAACGGUGAGGGGACGGAGGUUUUCUUGGACAGACGAGCGGAGAUAUUGGUCAUGUUGUCUCUACACAACGCCAACCUUGUUCCACCUCUCUAUCUCGAGCUAGCCAACGGUCUCUGUUACGGCUACAUUCCUGGUCGACCCUUCACCAUGGACGACAUGCAGGAUGAUGUAAUGAUGCAGCGAACAGCGCGUGCAGUGGCCCGUCUCCAUGCGGUACCGGUACCGGACACCCUGCGAAGCCCCCAGCCCUACGUGUGGAAUAAGAUCAGACAGUUUCUGAACACUGUCACCGGCUCGUUUACUGACCUCCACAAGACUCAAAAAUUUCAGGAGAUAUUUGGUUCGUUGGCUGUUGUGUCUGAAGAAGUCGAUGCUCUCCAAAUGGAACUCCGCCAAUCAGAGUCGUCGCUGGUGUUCUGUCAUAACGAUCUGUUGUGUGGUAACCUCAUCUUCGAUAGCUCCACUGGGAACGUGUCGAUGGUGGAUUAUGAGUACGGCGGACCUAACCUUGCUGCUUAUGACAUUGGAAACCACUUCUGUGAAUUUGCAGGUCCUCUCUUUUGUUCUUUCACUCUCUAAGGACACCCCUGAAAUGAGGACAUUACUCUAAUAAGAACGAACACCUUUUCUUUCCCCAGAACAUUUCUUUCCCCAAGAACAGUUCUUGCAUUGCUUCUUAACCUUAACUGUGAUGUGGAUUCUUCAAUUGUGUCUGGUUAAGGGGAUUUUGCAUGCAAGAACUUUUCUUGGGAAAAUAAGAGGUGUCCUUAAAAGAGAGGUGUCCUCAUUUCAGGGGUAUCCUUAGAGAGGGGACCUUAUUUGGGUUCCGCUGUACGUGCUACUAUGAUGCAGGGCUCAGUGAACCGGUAGACUAUGAGCGAUAUCCUUCUGAGGCAGUUCAGUACAAGUGGAUCAGGUACUACCUACAGGAGUGUGCCAUCAUCAGAGGUCAAGGUACGGACAGUGUGACAGAUGACAGCAUACGAAGUCUUUACCUUGAGGUCAACCAAUAUGCACUGGCGGCUCAUUUGUUCUGGGCUGUGUGGUCAUUACUACAGGCUGAACUCUCAACCAUCGACUUUGACUACAUCGAAUACGCUGGCGUCAGAUUUGCCGAAUACAAGCGAAGAAAAGAUCUGUUUUUGAAUUUACACUUAAAUUUCAAUUUACACUGAAGUCACUCACGUAUAUGUUCUAUAUAAUUUAACAAAAACCAGCAAGAGUUGUAUAUUGAGGGUUGGCCCACUCUCUGUCCCCUUCAAUCAUCUGUCAAAAAUUAAUAAAUAUUUAUCCUGUUUGAUAUAAUUACACCAGUGAUAUAAUUAUAUAAUUAUAUAAUUUGCAUAAAUAUCAUCAUUAUUGUGAUGUGGUAUGUCAAAGUUGAGAUAAUAUGAUAAUAGAUUUGUAUGUAUGCGGUAUGUCAAAGUUGAGAUAUGAUAAUAGAUUUUCUUCUCUUGAACUCUGUGUACCUCGCACAUCCAUAG